GAGUAGAGGGCCUGUGAGCUUGGAGCUUUGAAAUUGACGGUGUUUGUGAACUCUGUAAAAGCUUACGUUUAGCUACUUCAGGUUUGGGAGUUGCUAGUUAAAUACAGAAUAAAGUUAAAUACUUCGCGAGGGCUAAUAAACAUGGAUUCAGAUGCAGUGGCAAGUCCGACAAAAGAUAGCUAUAGAAUGAAAAGUUAUAAAAAUAAAGCACUGAAUACACAGGAAAUGCGCAGAAGGAGAGAAGAGGAGGGGCUUCAACUCCGCAAGCAAAAAAGAGAAGAACAGCUGUUCAAGCGGAGGAAUGUAGCACUUCCAGGAAAUGAUGAGUCGAUGACUGAAAGCCCUAUUCAGGAUCCUGAUAUCAGCUCAACAGUGAUAACUGCAAAAGGUGAAAUUACUCCAUAUAUGAUUUUCUCAGAUGAUCCAGAUGAGCAGCUGACGGCAACACGGAAGUUUAGAAAGCUACUGUCAAAAGAACCCGAUCCUCCUAUAGAUGAGGUGAUUCAGAUACAAGGGGUUGUACAACGGUUUGUUGAGUUUCUCAAAAGAAGUGAAAACUGUACCCUGCAGUUUGAAGCAGCAUGGGCCUUGACAAACAUUGCUUCUGGGACUUUCUUGCAUACAAAAGUAGUUAUUGAAGCCGGAGCAGUUCCUAUAUUUAUUGAGUUGCUAAACUCCGAACAUGAAGAUGUGCAAGAACAGGCAGUAUGGGCAUUGGGCAAUAUUGCUGGAGAUAAUGCAGAGUGCAGAGAUUAUGUGCUAAAUUGUGGAAUACUUCCUCCUCUUUUACAGUUAUUGACCAAAUCAAAUCGACCGACAACAACAAGAAAUGCAGUCUGGGCACUGUCUAACUUGUGCAGAGGGAAGAAUCCACCACCAGAGUUUUCGAAGGUAUCUCCUAGUUUAAAUGUGCUGUCAAGGCUGCUAUUUAGUAAUGACACAGAUGUCUUGGCAGAUGCGUGUUGGGCAUUGUCAUACCUUUCGGAUGGACCAAAUGACAAAAUCCAAGCGGUAAUUGAUUCUGGAGUCUGCCGGCGGCUUGUAGAGCUCUUAACGCACGACGAGUACAAAGUGGUAUCUCCUGUAUUGCGAGCUGUAGGAAACAUAGUCACUGGUGAUGACAUACAGACACAGGUGAUUUUAAACUGCUCUGUAUUGCCUUGUCUGUUAAAUUUACUGAGCAGUCCUAAAGAAUCUGUACGGAAGGAGGCAUGCUGGACAAUUUCCAAUAUCACUGCAGGAAAUCGAGCUCAGAUUCAGGCUGUUAUAGAUGCCAAUAUUUUCCCAGUCCUGAUUGAAAUUCUUCAGAAAGCAGAGUUUCGCACAAGAAAAGAAGCAGCGUGGGCCAUCACUAAUGCAACAUCUGGGGGGAUUCCUGAACAGAUAAGAUAUCUAGUAGCACUGGGUUGCAUCAAACCUCUCUGUGAUCUGCUGACAGUGAUGGAUUCUAAAAUAGUGCAAGUUGCCUUGAAUGGAUUAGAAAACAUCUUAAGAUUAGGAGACCUAGAAGCCAAACGAAGUGGAACAGACAUCAAUCCAUAUUGUGCCCUUAUUGAAGAAGCUUAUGGUUUGGACAAAAUAGAAUUUUUACAAAGCCAUGAAAAUCAGCAUAUUUACCAGAAGGCUUUUGAACUCAUAGAGCGCUAUUUUGGUACUGAUGAAGAGGAUUCAAGCAUUGCACCACAAGUGGAUGAGAACACACACCAGUUCGUCUUUCAGCAAUCAGAAAAUCCAGUGGAAGGGUUUCAGCUUUAACUUUGAAAUUAAGCAGACACAGGGUUCAUUCAGCGUUUCUGCUGUUUUUGCAAGUCUCUGUUCCCUGCAAUCACACCUUAAAGACAUCAUCUCUGAAAGUUUGUAUUUUCUGAUACAAGUGUGGCAGCUUGUGUAUUUUUCUGUCCAAAAAUCGUUUUGAGUUUUGUAGGUGCUUUAUCAGUUUAUUUUCUUAACUCGUGUGUGUACUUAAGCAUAUCGAAACAGAAAAAAUACAGUUUAUUCUGUCGCAUUGGAUUUACUGGGAAUGGGGAGCUAUGUGCAUCUCUGUUGGAUGUCUGCCAGCAGAUUGCUAUGGAAGUAUUCUGACCCAUUCUGGCAGUCCAGCUGUUGACACUAAUUCCUGCAAAGUAAGUUUAGGGUAAAUAUUCAUCUUGAAAUCUACCUCCUGUAUAAUCUGAGAACCACUGAUUGUAAAACAAAUCAGUGCUAUAGAAAACCUUGCUUUUUAUAAGCGUUGCAACUGUAAAAAAGAAAAUAUGAUUGUGAACAUUAUCUAUCCAGUAUCUAAGCCAUGUGUAGAAUUUUAAUUGGGUUAUAUUAGCACAUAUUUUUUUCUAAGGUCGUUUACAUGUACAGCCUAAACAUGUCAGACAUUAUUUUUAGAAUUUAUUUCGAAUGCAGUUAAAUUGCUGACUACUAUUUUCAGAGCCUAAAUAUUAAAGUAGGAUCUUUAUAUUUGUGUCACAGUGUAAACCCACAGAUUUGGUCAAACAAUUUUGUGUUUGGUGGGGGGAAUUACAAUAUUUUUACAGUUGGGGAGAUUAUACUGCAUAUUAUUUAACAAAUGUUGCAAUAUUGAAAUGUGAUUUAUAAUGUAAGGUAUUUUUGAUCUGGUGAUACCAAACAAAAAUGUGUUAUUUAUUCUAAAAAGUUUUGUAAAUUCUUUUGUUUUGAAGUUUGUAGCAUCUUUAUAAAUAGAUUUGAUAAAAAGUUUACAUAUUUUGUCAGGUAUUCUGGAAGUUAUAAGCUGACUGUCAGUUUAAAAAAAAAACAGCAGCUUUUAUCGUGGUAGAUGUCCGGUAUACAGAAAUGUGCACAGCAAAAUAGAUGGCUGUACCACACUUCAGUGUUACACAGAUACCUGUAAGUGGUAUAUUCUGAGUGUACCAGUGCCCUUCAAGCUUAUUAGGCUGUACCUGCACAGCAUUCCAAAAUGAGAGAAUCUGGGGAUCGUACCUAUGCCAAAUUUCUCCCAUUUUAGAUGAGAUAAUGCAUAUGAAUCCAGUGGUUAAGUGCACUGGAAUGCUUUUUCAAUGUCCACUGUUGACCAAGUUGCAUGAUGUGUACCCCUCCCCUCAUUUCCUUAUACCAGAACAGCAGUAUAGAGUGCUUAUUCUGCUUUUAGUCAUAGCACUUAGUGCGUUAAUCAUAUCUUCAGUGUUGGUACAAGCCUGAUUACCUAGUGCAUUAUAGAAAAUAUGUAAGUCAAGAUUAAUAGUCAUCACGGUAUCCCUUCCCAGUAUAGUAACUCUUCUCUGUGGCACUUUAUUCCUUUACAUGCAUCCAGAAAUGGUGUUCUGUUGUGCGUAAGGUGUUGCCUGUGGCCUCUGAUCUUGUCUCUCUAGAUUCACACAUGUUCUGUCAUUUUUACAUUUUCUGGUGUCUGCCACUGUAUUUAAUCUUCUAUACUCAUGCCUUAUGUUUUACUUUGUGGUAUUUGGAGUUCAUUUGUGCACCUACAUUAGGGCCUAAUGUUUUAAGAAGUGCCCCCCCUCCUCCCCCGAGUUCCCAACUUGUUUCUGCAAAUACAUGAGGGAAUAUCUUCGUUUGACAAGUCACCCUGCAAAACUUUACUGUUAACACGCACACACUAACCUUUAGCUGUGCAUGUUAGUAAACUUGUUCAUCAGUCGCUUCUCAUUUGAUAGGUAUGUUUUGUCCUAGCCUCUUGCACAGACAGUCCCCUUGAUCUGCAUACGUUUUGCCCCAAUAAUCAGUCGUAGACUGCACAGUUCACUACUCAGAGCAUUUUGCAACCUACAUUAGAGCAGUAAAAGUGCAUCUUGUUUGUAGUCUACUGCUGAUAGGGUUUCACAUUCCUUGAUACAUAUAUGCGUAAAUCUAUGUAUGCAUACGUGUCUAUAUAUACAGACAAUAAUGCAUAUAUAGUUGCGUAUCUGUGUAAUGUAUACAUCUGUUGUUGCACUAUUCUCUCUAAUUCACUAUAUCAAAAAGGUGUUCGUAGAAUUUGUUUUACUGAAGUGUAUGCUUCAGACAGAGCACUUCAAGACCCUUGCCAUAUAGCAGUCGCCAUUAUAGGAAUUCCUUUACUAAAGUUUUGCAUGGAGAUCCAUGUUUAACCCUUGGAGAGUAGGAAGAUCAUUGUGCUUGUGUAGAUGGUGGAUGACCUUAAGGUCACAGGGCCAGUUGUACAAGCUUAUUUGACUUUACUAAUCUUUCCUGAAUGAGUCCUGAACUAUGAAUUCAUCCUGAGUGGGACUAAUUCAUGAUAGUCAAGGCAGCAGUGAUCAGUUCAAGAGAGAUGUAGACACAUUUUACAAACUUACUGUGCUUUAUGCUGUGAAAAUACCAGGGACUUCUGUCCACAGAGAAUGACACAGCAAGCAAUGAAGUCUUUUGCUAAUUCAGCAAGAAUAUGGAUUUGAGUUGUACUCUUCUAAAGGAAAGCAGAAGUUAUCUAAGGUUUUAAAAUGCAUGCAGAAGUGUCUGAAACCCCAUUGCAUGUACAGUAAUACGUUUUCCAGCAACUUUCCAGAGAAGGAUCUGGCUAGGCACCCUGGAUAACUUUCAUAUCUUGUUUGCCAAGAAUUUAGACAUUGCAGAAGUUUGCAUACUUUGCUUUAUAGCUAGCUUCUAAAAAGCCAUUCUAGCUAGGUGCACAAUUCCCCACAUGAUCUGCCCAGUGGCUUCACUACCUACACACUUUCCUUCUAUUCUUUACUCUAUUUGGGGUUGG